UUAUACUACAGUACUGUACUUCAUUUUUACUGUAUGCAUGUGGAAGGAGGAGUGGUGUGUUCGUCUGCAGCAUCCCUUGUCCCAGCAUGUGUCCAAUAGUGUUCGGAGGGGCGGGGAGCAGCGUGCCGUGAGCACCCAGUAUGAGCUUCUGGCGUGGAGCUGAAGAGGCGGAAAGGCAAGAGCCAGCGGUGGAAGAGAUGGGCUCACUUGUGUGAAUCACAAGUCCACCUGCAAACAAGCAUACCGGACUCCUUGGAGGACGAAAUAAUCCGAGGCCCUCUUUUUUUUUUUAAAAGAAGGAAUCUGCUCGUGUUUGAGUCUGCAGCUGCCAGCACCAGCAGCGAGGAGCUUCAUAUCGGACGCCUGCACGACCUGCUGUGUGCAUGCAAAUCUGCCCUGAUAGAAUGCAUCAAAAUAAUUACUUACCUGAAUUGGUAGCUGAGAAAAACACGCUGGAGCCUCAGUUUGGGCAUGCUCUACGUCUGCUUGCGGAAGAAAUUGAAAAGCAUGAAGGUGAUGAACUGCAACAAGAUGGCAUAAUGAAGAAAUACCUUGACAUUAUCAGCAAUAAAAAUAUAAAGCUGUCUGAAAGAGUUCUCAUCCCUGUGCAGCAGUAUCCAAAGUUUAAUUUUGUUGGAAAGCUACUGGGGCCUCGGGGAAAUUCCAUGAAAAGGCUACAAGAGGAAACAGGAGUCAAGAUGUCCAUCCUCGGAAAAGGGUCCAUGAGGGAUAAAGCAAAGGAAGAAGAAUUAAGGAACAGUGGAGAGGCCAAAUAUGCCCAUCUGAGUCACGAUCUUCAUGUUUUAAUUGAAGUCUUUGCUCCACCGGGCGAGGCGUAUUCCCGUAUGAGCCACGCUUUGGAGGAGAUUAAAAAAUUCCUUGUUCCAGACUACAAUGAUGAGAUCAGACAGGAGCAACUGCGAGAGCUUUCGCUAUUAAAUGGUUCGGAUGAGUCCAGCAGAGGCAGGAAUGCACAAGGAAGGAGCAUUCGGGCAACCACCACAGUAUCCAACAGGGCCCGCAGGAACACAGGAAGGAGCACAGUAACACCUCGGGGGACGGCUGCCACGACGCACGGCAAACUUGCCGCAUCUGUUUUAACGAGGGCAGCUCAAACCCCGAGAGCCAGGGGAGCAGCGGUUGCGGCAAUUGGAGGGUACCGACCUCCACUGUUAGCCGCCACGCAUGACUCAUAUGACGACUAUGGCUACGACGAUGGCUAUGGGGGCGAAUACGACGAUGACAGCUACGAUGCCUACGACGAUAAUUUCAGCAAUCAGUCGAAGAGCAUCUCGGAAUAUUUUGAAUAUGGGCAAGGAACAAAUGACGACGCCUAUAACAACUAUGAGGAGGAGUGGCCCAUUUCCCGUCCCAGUCUCAAAGCUCCAGUUCUACAGUUGACAAGAUGGGGAUACAGAAAACAUCCUUACAAUCGAUACUGAAGGUGCCCCACAUGUGACCUGCAAUUUAUGUCAACUUAUUAAUACUCAUGUCAAAUCCUUUUUUUAUUUUUGUCCGUUGCACUCAGAUAAGCCCUUGAAGCAGUGGCUUUUCAAAGUGAGAUGCAAGUGCUUGAGAAAAAUAAAAACAAAAAUACUUGAGCAAUAUCUCCAAAGCAAGUUCAGUUCCGAGAGUGAGUCUGGGGAGAGCAGAUCGCUGCAUCAAUUAAAUGAGGAAAAUCAGUGUGUGUGAAAGAGAUCAGGUGCAAUUAUUAUUAAAAAAUAUAUCAAAAAAAUGUUCUCUGUUAAGUCGAGUUUUGCACGGUGUGCAGUUAUGAAUUCUGUUGGUGUCAGAACCCACUGUGAUGAUUCAAAAAAGCAGUUUGUAAUUUGUGAUUAAAUUGACACUUUGGAAAUUCCUUGCUCGAAAGCACAUCAACUUGCAUCAUAAUUGGGGGAAAAAAAGCUAUCUACACAAAUGUAAAAAAUGAAAAAUAGCACUUUUUAAAAACAAUUUAUGGUGCUAUUUUAUUUAUGUAUUGCCUUGAAUCCCAAACACCGUCAAUGCAAACAUACGGCGCAAUAGUUUUCCCUUGGUGGUGAGCAAGUUUGUGACUCGCCAACAAUUCCAAAUGAUCUAAAUGCACCCUCAAUUCUCAUGAAAAAUGAAUCCGAAAUGACUUCUGUACACCACCUUUAGUGUGCAAUUUUGUAAUUGCAGGUUUGUGAUCACUGUAUUGUUUGGAAGUAAUUACAUGUUUGACAAAAAAAAAAAAAAA